AUGUUGUAUAACUAUAUAAAACAAGUUAAUAGAUACAAGUGAAAAAGAAAAUUCUAAUUUUUUUCACCUAACAUCGGUCGGUUAGGCUCAGUCUGAAUAAUUUUUUUUUUCCUGCAGUUUAUACGACCAGUAGUUAGGGCUGAAAACCCUGUAUUUGCCCUUUUGCGCGUGACCAAUUGAGUCAUCUGAGUCAUCCCUAAAAUACACGUGACACGAUUUAAUGGUAAAGAUGACUAUUUAAUCAUACUAUGGGUGGGAUGAUUCAUUGUUUGCUGAGUCGUCAACUUUUUUUGCACCCUACCCCUAUCAAGCAAUUCCCAACAUUUAAUAAAUGCAGCCAAUUAAAUUCCUACAAUAAAUAAUACAAUCUCUCUAUUUAUCUUGUUUUCUUAUUUCAAUAUUUUGGAUAUCUAUAAAAUUAGUCUGUAUUGUUUGUAGCCUUAUAUUUAUCUAAUAAUCAUAACUAAUAAUGAUAUCCCGCAUUCAGUUAUCUAAAAGAUUUAUAUCUUCCAGUAUAAUUAGAUUAAACAGUCAUAGUCAACCAGCCGUUGUGUUAGGUAAAACCAGUGAAUUUGAUUCUUCUAAAUAUCAUUUUAAUAUUUCUACUUCAUCUUCAAUUAAUAAUAAAGAUAUUGAAGAUCCAAUUCAAUUAGCAUUAAAUUCAUCAGAACCAAUUAAUAAUUGGACUAAAGAUCAAAUUAGACAAAUAUAUAAUACUUCACUUUAUGAUCUUAUUCAUCAAGCACAAAUUCAACAUAGAAAACAUCAUAAUCCCCUGGAAAUUCAAUUAUGUACAUUAUUAAAUAUUAAAGAGGGUGGAUGUUCUGAAGAUUGUAAAUAUUGUUCACAAUCUUCAAAGAAUGAUACUGGACUAAAAGCUAGUAAAUUACUUCAAGUUGAUCAAGUAAUGUUAAAGGCAAGACAAGCAGCUGCAAAUGGUAGUACAAGAUUUUGUAUGGGAGCUGCUUGGAGAGAUAUGGUUGGUAGAAAAUCAAAUCUUAAACGAAUUGCUGAAAUGAUUUCUACUAUAAAUAAUGAACUUGGAAUGGAAACUUGUGUUACAUUAGGAAUGCUUGAUUCUCAACAAGCAAAAACUUUAAAAGAUGCUGGUUUAACAGCUUAUAAUCAUAAUAUCGAUACAUCUCGAGAAUAUUAUCCAAAUAUUAUUUCAACAAGAAAAUUCGAUGAAAGAUUACAAACUAUUCAAAAUGUUAAUGAUGCCGGAAUAAAAGUUUGUACUGGAGGUAUAUUAGGGAUGGGAGAAACUUCAGAAGAUCAUGUUUCAUUCUUAUAUACUUUAUCAAAUAUGCCUAAACAUCCUGAAUCACUUCCAAUUAAUAAAUUAGUUCUGAUUAAAGGUACUAGAUUAGAUGAAGAAUUAUCUCAACUUCCAAAGGAUUCUGAACGACAUUUAAAAUUCGAUCAAGUUUUAAAAACUAUAGCUACUGCAAGAUUAAUUAUGCCAAAAUCUAUUAUUAGAUUAGCGGCUGGUAGAUAUACUAUGAAAGAAUAUGAACAAUUCAUUUGUUUCUUAGCGGGAGCUAAUGCUAUUUUCACAGGAGAAAGAAUGUUAACCACCAUGUGUAAUGGUUGGGAUGAAGAUAUUGAAAUGUUAAAAAAAUGGGGAUUAGUACCAAUGAAAAGUUUCUCAAACUAAGUAAUUUGUAAUUUGCAAUU